CAGAUCUCAGUUUGAUCGAGCAUCUGUGGGAUGUGCUGGAAAAACAAGUCCUUGGAGGCCCCUCCUCGCAACUAACAGGACUUAAAGGAUCUGCUACUAACGUCUCGGUACCAGAUACCACAGCACACCUUCAGAGGUCUUGUGGAGUCCAUGUCUCGAUGGAUCAGAGCUGUUUUGGUGGCACAAGGGAGACUUACACAAUAUUAUUCAGGUGGUUUUAAUGCUAUGGCUGAUUAGUGGAUAUCUUGGCAGACAGGAUGAAGGGAUAUGAACAGACAUAUCUGGCAACCCACAAGACCACUAGCGCUCUCGAUGAAAACAGAUGAAACUGCUUUAUUGCUGGGCAUUGUUCAAGGCCUGAGUAUCUGCCUAUAGUCGAAAUAAAUCACUUACAGUGUUUUGUGGUAUGUCAACUAGUGGCGUCCUUAUCCACUGUCUUAGCCUAUACUGUAUGCAUGAGGUUUAUUUAUUAACUAAACCAUUCCGAUAAGGAUCUUCUUUCUAGAGAGGAACUCCUGAACUUUGGUUAGAGUGCUUUCCGCACUGCUGAGCUGCUUAGACACACCGAAUCGACGCAUUCACACUACAUUCGCAGGAAAUGGCCCAGUCGCGUCCGUGCCCGUUGCUGUGGGUCCGUCCGCUUCGCUGCAUGCUGGAUGAAAGGCUCGACGUGCGCGUGCACGGUUUACUGCCCGGGGUCCGAGUCACGCUGCACGCGCUGCUUCACACAGAGGAUGGAGAUUUUUGGGAAGGUUUUGGUCACUAUAUUAGCGAUGACUCAGGAACUGUCACAGUAUGUAAAGAUGCCAGUCUUGGUGGAUCAUAUGAAGGAGUUAAACCCAUGGGUCUGCUGUGGAGUAUGAAACCCAUUCCUGGAAGUAGGACAGGCCUCAGAUUUCGGAAGAAGGAUGUCUACACGCCAAUUGAUGUCCACAUAUCUGUGUACGAAGACCACUUAAAUGAGGGAUUUCGGGAGAAACGUCCUAUAGCGUCAGUCGUGGCACAGCGGUGGUACACUGCUCCAGGAAUCCAGAGGGUUAAUGUUACGGAAAAAGGGUUGAAGGCGACUCUUUACAUCCCACCAGGUCCUGGUCCUUUUCCUGCUGUGCUGGACCUCUGGGGUGGAGGAGGGGGUCUAGUGGAGUACCGCUCUGCUCUACUAGCAUCCCGAGGUUAUGUCGCAUUAGCGUUGGAGUAUAUUGGACGAGUAAAUGCUGUUGGAAAGUCAUACCAAGUGGACAAUGACUACUUCGAGGCAGCCUACACUGUGCUGAUGCAGCAUCCACAGGUGUGUCCUGAAAGAAUCGCCAUUCUGGGUUUGUCUUUUGGUGUGUCUGUGACCCUGGGAAUGGCAGCAUACUCCUCAGUGAUAAAGCCCAGGUGUGUAGUGUGUGUUAGUGGAAGCCACAUCAUGCCUGUUAACGGAUCACUGGCUGAUGUCUUUGCUGAGAUCAAAAAAAAUGUCAUGAACACCCGCUAUGAUGAGGAAAAGAGGAUCAUUUGGCGCGAUCUCUUGCUGCCGAUACCAGAUGACCCUUCAAAGAAAGUUGAAAUGGGGCGUAUCAAGUGUCCUAUUUUAUUGAUUGUUGGGGAGGAUGAUCAAAAUUGGCCAGCAUCAGAAUCUGCAGAAGAUAUGAAGCAGAUGAUGGAACAAGCUGGUAACAGUCACCUGUUGACUGUUCUGUCUUACCCUGGAGCCGGCCACCUCAUCGAGCCUCCUUACAGUCCACAUUGCCGAGCCAGCAACUUCAUGUUGGCAGAGACAAGGAAUAAAGUGGUGGUACUGUGGGGUGGACAAACGGAGCCCCACAGUCGAGCUCAGGAGGACUCCUGGCACAAAACCCUGGCCUUUCUGGAGCAGCAUCUCUACAGCAACAUGAGUCAUUAACAUCAAACAUCAGUCACAUUGUCAGAAUGCAGUUUAUUGGAGAAAAGGGAAAACAAUACAGGUUCAGAUUUCAUAUCACGCAUUUUAUGUGUAGUAAUAACUAUUGCGUCUUGCAUCAUUGAUUACACAGUUGUAAAAUAAUUAGACAUUAACUGUCCUUCAGCAAUAAAUGUGAGGUAGUGAGAAUUGCAGCAUGGGGUAAAUACAAUUUCCUUUUCACAAGUAGAAGCAAAGAACACAUAUAUAAAUGCAAACAAAAAUAAAAUUAACAUCUGUUUUUCCAAGUGUUUCUAAUCCUUAGUAGUUUUAAUAAAAAUCACAAGAAGCUUUUUAUUGUUAACCAAAGAUUGCAUGCUUUGCUAUACUUGAUCAAACACUAAACAUGUAAGGUUUCGCUGGUUAAUGAGAACAUGUUAGUAAAUAUUUAUUCAUAGAAGACUGAUUUAUAGAUGUUUUAAAUUUGUAAUUUUCAAAAUUUGGAAUAAACUUUUUAAACUGGA